AUGAAUGUAAACAAUAAUAAUAAUAAUAAUAAUAUUCCAAGAAAAUCAAUUGUUGAAGGAAUGGCAAAAACAGCACCUGCUUGUGCUGCAUUUGUACAAGCAAUAAGUCUCUUUCGUGAAUCACCAACAUUACAACUUAAUCAUCAAGAGCAAAAUAAUCAGACUACAAAUAAUUCAAGUUUAUCAAAAUUAUCCAGGCAAUUACCACCACUAACAUCUCAAAAAUCGAAUCCUCUGCCAAUGACAAACGAAGAACCAUCGAGUCCAAAUUUUGAUCCUAAUAAUCUUUCUACUAACAGUAGUCUUCGAGGAAAUCAACAACGAACUAAUAGUUCAUAUAGUACACAUGAUAAUAAUGCCGAUGAUACAACAUCAUCUACAAAUACAUCAAGUUUUGUACAGAAAAAACAAGCUAUUGCACGAAAAGGUGCAUUACGGCAAAAAAAUGUUUAUGAUGUUAAAAAUCAUCAAUUUUCAGCAAGAUUUUUUAAAACACCCACAUUUUGUAGUCAUUGUAAAGAUUUUAUAUGGGGUUUUAGAAAACAAGGAUUUCAAUGUCAAAUUUGCUCGUUAGUAGUACACAAACGAUGUCAUGAAUUUGUAUCAUUUGCUCCAACUAAUCAUCACAAAUUUUUAAUUCAUACUUAUACAUCACCGACAUUUUGUGAUCAUUGUGGAUCUUUACUAUAUGGUUUAAUUCAUCAAGGAUUGAAAUGUCAAGCAUGCGAUAUGAAUGUUCAUAAAAAAUGUUCAAUUGUCGUACCAGAAUUAUGCGGUGUCGAUCAUACGGAAAGACGUGGAAGAAUUAAAUUAAGUAUACAUGCCGAAAAAGAUAAAUUAAUUGUACAAAUCAUAGAAGCAAAAAAUUUAAUUCCAAUGGAUCCAAAUGGUCUCUCCGAUCCGUAUGUGAAAAUUAAACUAAUACCAACAGAUUCAAAAAAACAACAUCAUGGAAAAUGUAAAACAAAAUUAAAUUAUAAAACAUUAAACCCACAUUGGAACGAAACGUUCACAAUUGAUCUAAAUGAUGACGAUAAAGAUAAGAGACUUUUGAUCGCUGUUUGGGAUUGGGAUCGGACAACACGAAAUGAUUUUAUGGGAUCAUUAUCAUUUGGUGUAACAGAGUUGCUAAAAGAACCAGUUGAAGGAUGGUUUAAAUUAUUGACACAGGAAGAAGGCGAAUUUUAUAGUGUAUUGGUACCGAGUGAAGAAGGAUUAGCCGUAAUGAAAUUAAAACAAAAAUUUGAAAAAGCAACAUCAGUACGUGAACAUCCUGUUGAAGAAGCAGAAAAAAUAAUGCAACGAUCACAAAGUCAAACAAAUGCAGUGAAAGUGACAGAUUUCAAUUUUAUUAAAGUACUAGGAAAAGGAAGUUUUGGAAAAGUUGUUUUAGCUGAACGUAAAGGCAGUGAUGAAUUAUAUGCGGUUAAAAUUCUAAAAAAAGAUAUUAUUGUACAAGAUGAUGAUGUUGAAUGUGUUAUGAUUGAAAAACGUGUAUUAAUGUUGCAGGAUAAACCAUUAUUUCUUGUACAAUUACAUUCAUGUUUUCAAUCUGUAGAUCGAUUAUAUUUUGUCAUGGAAUUUGUUAAUGGUGGAGAUUUGAUGUAUCGUAUUCAACAUGAAGGCAAAUUUAAAGAACCUGUUGCUUGUUUUGGAAUGUGUAAAGAAGGAAUUCUUAAUGAUAAAAAGACCUCAACUUUCUGUGGUACUCCAGAUUACAUUGCUCCAGAAAUUAUUCUAUAUCAAAAAUAUGGAAAAACGGUAGAUUGGUGGGCUUAUGGAGUACUGUUAUACGAAAUGUUAGCUGGUCAACCUCCGUUUGAUGGUGAAGAUGAAGAGGAAUUAUUUACAGCCAUAACUGAUCAUAAUGUAUCUUAUCCCAAAUCAAUGACAAAAGAAGCUGUUUCCAUAUGUAAAGGGUUGAUGACAAAAUUACCUCAAAAGCGUUUAGGAUGUGGUCCUGAUGGCGAACGUGAUAUUCGUGAUCAUAUGUUUUUUCGUCGUAUCGAUUGGAUACGAAUUGAAGCAAGGGAAGUUCAGCCUCCCUAUAAACCUAAGAUUAAUGGUACGAGAGAUACGUCGAAUUUUGAUCGCGAAUUUACAAAUGAAGCGUUAAAUUUUACGCCAAUCGAUAAAUUAUUUAUUAUGAGUAUGGAUCAAACAGAUUUUGAAUCGUUCUCAUUUUUAAAUCCAUUAUUUAUUGCAACAUCGUCAUCAUCAACGGCUCUCUAA